AUGCCGUACUUGGGCGGAGAGGAUGCGGUGCGGGAGCUUCGCCGGGCCCUGUCCAACCCGCACGUACAGGCGGAUCGGCUGCGGUACCGCGCCGCUGUCCUGCGCGUCAUCCGGUACAUGGCGCAGGGCGCGGACGUGUCGGGGCUGUUCCCGGAGAUGGUGAAGGCGAGUGCGGCGGCGGACGUGGUGCAGAAGAAGCUGGUGUCGUGGUACCUGCGGGCGCAGGCGCCGCGGCAGCCCCAGCUGGCGCUGCUGGCUGUCAACACACUGCGCAAGGACUGCGCGCACCCCAGCCCUGCCGUGCGCGGCCUCGCCCUCCGCAGCAUGUGCGGCCUGAGAAUGCCCGGCAUCCAGGAGUACCUGCAGCAGCCCCUGCUCAGCGGCCUGCGGGACAAGGCCUCCUACGUGCGGAGGGCGGCCGUGCUAGGCUGCGCCAAGAUGGUGAAGCUGCAGGGGGACUGCGAAGUGGAUGGUGCCUUGGUGAACGAGCUGUACAGUUUGCUUCGUGACCAGGAUCCUAUUGUAGUCGUGAACUGUCUGAGGGCCCUAGAAGAGAUCUUGAAGAAGGAGGGAGGAGUUGUCAUCAACAAACCUAUUGCCCAUCAUCUCCUCAACAGGAUGCCUGAUCUGGACCAGUGGGGGCAAAGUGAGGUGCUCACCUUCCUCCUGCGCUACAGACCCCGCAGUGAGGAGGAGCUCUUUGACAUACUCAAUCUGCUGGAUGGUUUUCUCAAAAGCAGCAGCCCUAGCGUUGUAAUGGCAGCCACCAAGCUGUUCCUAGUGCUGGCCAGGGAGUACCCACAUGUGCAGGCAGAUGUUCUAGUGAGAGUGAAGGGACCACUGCUGUCUGCCUGCACCUCUGAGAGCAGAGAGCUCUGCUUCACUGCGCUCUGCCACGUCCGCCAGAUCUUAGGUAGCCUUCCUGGUCAUUUCAGCAGCCACUACAAAAAGUUCUUCUGCUCCUAUUCAGAGCCUCACUACAUCAAAUGCCAGAAGAUGGAGGUGUUGUGUGAGCUGGUGAAUGAUGAAAAUGUGCAGCAGGUGCUGGAGGAACUGAGAGGCUAUUGCACUGAUGUGUCGGUAGAGCUUGCCCAAGGAGCCAUCUUUGCCAUAGGCAAUAUUGCCAGGACGUACACAGAGCAGUGUGUGGGGAUCCUGAGCGAGCUCCUGGGGCUUCAGCAGGAGCACAUCACAUCAGCUGUGGUGCAGGUGUUCCGGGACCUGGCGUGGCUGUGCCCUCAGUGCACAGAUGCUGUCUGUCGGGCACUGCCUGGCUGUGAGGACAUCAUCCAGGACAGUGAGGGCAAGCAAGCACUGAUCUGGCUCCUGGGCACACAUGGUGAUAAAGUUCCCAAUGCCCCCUAUGUUUUAGAGGACUUUGUGGAGAACCUGAAAUCAGAGAUGUUCCCAGCAGUGAAGAUGGAGCUUCUGACAGCACUGGUGCGACUUUUCCUGUCUCGUCCUGCUGAGUGUCAGGACAUGCUGGGGAGGCUCCUCUAUUACUGCAUAGAGGAGGAGAUGGAUAUGGCAGUACGAGACCGUGGCUUGUUCUACUAUCGCCUUUUGCAGUCCGGUGUGGAAGAAGUGAAACGAGUCCUGUGUAGCCCCAAGUCCGACCCCUCUCUGGGGCUCCUGGAAGACCAAAGCAAGCAGCCUGUGAAUACAUGGGCUUCAGAGUUUAAUACUCUUGCCCCAGUUUAUGGCAGAGAACACUGGGCAGUCAUCACUGCUCACCAGCCAGCAGAACCCUCUUCCACUUGUUCUCCUUCUACUGACUGCAGGAGCAGAGACACAGAGUCCCUGGUUUCUGAAGGGAAUAAAGAAGUCCUCAAGGUUCAUCCUGAUACAGGCAGCCUGACCUUAUCUCCUGAUGUUUACCUGACUGCAGAACAGUUUGAGAAGACCUGGCUGAGCUUGGAUGUGAGCUGCCACCUGUCUCUGCCCUGGAGUGGGAGUGUGUAUCCAGACACCAUACAGACAGCUCUGCAUGUUGUCCACAUCCAGACCAUUGCUAUGAGCAGAGCUGGAGUCCAGCCAUGGAAGGCUUAUCUCAGUGCUCAGGACGAGGCAGGCUGCCUCUUCCUCACAGAGCUGCUGCUGGAGGCAGCGGGCUCGGAGAUGCAGGUGGUGGUGAAGCAGAGUGAGGUGAGGCCAGAGGCACUGCAGGCCUUUGUGGCAGCCUUGAGGACAGUCAUGGGGGCAGUCACUGGGCUGGGGCCCUGACUGGUCCCUGCUGCUAGCAGCAUGCUUGCUCAGGGCACAUGAAGAGUUCAUUUCCCUGGCUUCAUUUGCCAAGCCUGAUGCUGGCUUUGCACUUCUGAGCUGUGAGUGUGGGCAACCUGUUCCUGGCUGGGCAAGCACCAGCUGAGUGGGGGCAGCUGUGGCUGGGUAGUGGGACAGGGUGAGGGGUCUGCCCUUUCUCUGCACUGGGGGAAGGACAAGGUAAUGCACUGGUGAGCUUACUGUUUCUGCCUGAGUCACACCCAUGGUGGCAUUUCUGAUGAUUGUCACAAGACACUGAUGUGACAGAACCAGAUAUGAGCAAAGUUCAGGGAUGUGUUUUGGA